UGUUGCAUGGAGCAGUGGAACCAGAGCUCGGUGGCUGCGUUUAUCCUCCUGGGGCUUGCAGAGGGGGUGCAGGCAGAAACUGCGCUUUUCGUUCUCUUCUUGGCCACUUACCUGGUGACCCUGGUAGGGAACUGCAUGAUGGUCAUGCUGAUUGCAACUGAGCCUCGGCUGCACACCCCCAUGUACUUCUUCCUUCUCCAUUUGUCUCUGCUGGACCUGUGCUACUCUUCAGUCACCGUCCCACAGAUGUUGGCCCACCUCCUCUCCAGGCAGAAGGCCAUACCCUUCUCCCGAUGCGCCUUUCAGAUGUACAUCUUCCUGGUUUUCGGCAUGGCAGAGUGUGUGCUGUUGGGCAUCAUGGCCUAUGACCGCUACGUGGCCAUCUGCCACCCUUUGCACUACACCUCCAUCAUGAGCUGGCGAUUCUGCAGCUGGACGGCAGGGGCUGCCUGGGCUAGCGGCUUCAUCAACUCCCUGAUAGUCAACGCCUUUGCUCUGCGUCUGCCUUACCGCGGCCAAAACCGUAUCAACCAGUUCUUCUGUGAGGUGCCUGCGGUCAUCAAGUUGGCGUCCGCCGACUACACAGAAGCAGAGGUGGUUGUGUUUGUCUUUGGCUCCCUCCUGCUCCUCCUGCCCUUCGUCCUCAUCGCCGCCUCUUAUGCCCGCAUUGGGGUGGCCAUUUUGUGCAUACGUUCGGCUGAGGGCCGGCGCCGGGCUGCCUCAACCUGUGCCUCGCAUCUUGUGGUGGUGAGCCUUUUCUAUGGCACAGCUCUCUUUGCUUACAUGAGGCCCAGUUCUGUCAGCUCAGCCACAGGCCAGGAUAAGGCAGUGUCUGUUUUCUACACUGUGGUAACGCCCAUGAUGAAUCCUCUCAUCUACAGCCUUCGAAACAAGGAGGUGAAGGGUGCUUUAAAAAAAUUAUUGAGUAGGAAAAUAUUCUCGCCCACAACAUGACUCUCAC